AUGAGGAAAGGAACGUACAAGGAUGAAUGUCAAAUGAUGAAGGGUGACAAGGAAACAGAUAAACAGGAUGGUAGUAGGGCUCGUUCGGAAGAACGCCGAGCGAUAUGGACGCAGGGUAGUGAAGUGUUGCUACAAAAAUUGAUUUCAACAACACCAAGUGAAAUCAGAAAGAAUCUGAGCGGUUUAAUAUAUCAUGAAAAAACCAAUGAUGGUGGUUACCUAUGUUACUACAAAAAUGUGGCCAGCGACAAUCCAAUCACAUAUUUAUGUAAUAUUGGAUGCUGCCCAAACGGUUGUUGUGUAUUUCAAGAAGUUAAACGGAGCGGAAGUUAUGAUUUGAUGAUUAUACUUUUGUUAAUAUUCGUUUCUGCGAUACUAUUCACAGCAAUCGCCAUGCUUGUCAUUUACUACAUUUACAAUCGCAAAAGCGAUGAACGUGGCUAUGAAUUUAAUGGAAGUUUUACAGAAGAUAGUGUUGUUGGUUCACAAGUCAGUGGACCACCAACGUACGUGGGUGAACGUCGAUAUCUCCCUCAUAUCAGCCCUAUGAAGUUGUUCUGA